UUAGCCUCCAAAAAACCUGGUCAAGCAACAAAAGAUAUUACGAUGAACUUUCAUCCAUGGCUGCUAAUCAAAUUAAUCACCUAUAUAAAUUGGAAAAAAACACACAAUUUCAACUUAAUCCACCUUCACCAUGAAAAGUCUCUAUCUCGCGAUCUUUCUUCUUUUCAUAUUAUCCCCGGCCGGGGUGCGUUGCCGGCCAUUACGGGACGGUUCUAGUUUGGUUUCAGACGGCGUUAAUGAUCGUUCUGAAGAAGAAGAUUCUUCGUUUAUACGUCUUAAAAGUAUGGAUUAUGGGGCAGAAGAGGGAGAAGAUUGCAAGCAAAUGUAUGGUUUUUUACCAUGCUCAAAGAGUAGUUUAGGACAUUUGUUCUUGAUCAUUGUUUAUGAAUAUCUUUUGUUUCAUGGAGAAUCCUAUGUUGCCUCUGGAGGAGAAAGGAUUUUCAAAAUUCUUGGUCCUGGUGUUUUUGGUGCUAGUAUUUUUCAAGUUAUUGGUUCUCUUCCUGAAGCAUUGAUCCUACUAGCAUCUGGGCUAUUGAACGGUAAAGAAACUGCUCAAGAAUGCGUCAUAACUGGAGUUGGGUUGCUUGCUGGAUCAACAAUUUUGCUCCUCACUCUAGUUUGGGGAACUUGUGUCAUUCUUGGCGGUCAUCAUUAUUCCAAUCAGUCGGGCCCUAAUUCUUCAUACCAUAAAGAGCAAAACCAUGUUGAGAAAUUGUUAUCAAAAUCAAACGGUUAUGGUGUAGUGACAGAUUUGGAAACAUGCCAUACUGCUUGGAUCAUGCUUGGUUCAGUGAUUCCAUUAAUAAUGAUCCAAAUUCCAAGAAUUUUCAACUUACCUUAUCUUGGGGAAAGGAUUGUUAUACUGACUACCCUUUUGGUUUCAGUCAUUUUCCUUCUCUGUUACUUCUUCUAUCAGUUCUUUGAGCCAUGGAUUCAAAAGAGACAUUUGUCAUACAUAAAGCACGAGCACUUAGUUUUAGACGUUCUAAAACAUGUGCAGAAUCGUACAAUGGGAAGCCUUCUAACUGACAACGGUUCGCCAAAUGUGUCAGUUAUUAGAAGGCUAUUCUAUGAAACAGACUGUGAUGGAGACAAGUUCAUCUCAUUCCCUGAACUACAAGAAUUUCUACAAGAAAUCAGAUCUGAAAAUAUACUAUUGGAUAACGAUAAUGAAACAACAGAGAUGAUGAAGGAAUUUGAUAAUGACAAUGACAAUAAAAUAACCAUAGAUGAAUUUGUCAAUGGAAUGAAAAAAUGGCUUGACGAGGCGAAAGGUACUUUGAAUAAAAGAUAUCACUCGAUUAAAUCGAUGAAAGGCUUAUACCAGGUUCUUAAACCUUGGAUUGAAAAGAAAAGGGCAGAACGUGAAACGAUGAGAAUUCUAAUUCCAAAACUUUUAGAACAUCUACAAAGCAUUGCGUAUGGCGGUCUUUUGACAGAAGAUGGAGCUCCAGAUAUAUCUGCUAUAAAAAGGUUGUUCAAGGAGAUUGAUCUUGACAAAGAUGACACCAUAUCAUAUCAUGAAUUGAGGAAACUGAUGACUAAUAUGAGGUCUGGCAUAUUACCCUAUGAUGCGGAUGCAGCAGCAUCCAAAAUAAUGAAGGAACUUGAUAUGAGUGGAGAUCAUUUGAUUGAUGAGGAAGAAUUUGUCACUGGAUUGUCCAAAUGGCUAAAGACAACUUCUAAUCCAUAUGCUAGCUCCGAGAAGAGCGAAGAAGAUGACUAUAAAGAAACAUGGGAACAGACUGACAAGCUGAUAGAGGACAAGUUCACUGAUAAAUCACCACUUGCCUGGACGAAGGCUAUAACUCUUUUGGUGCUCGGGAUUGUUAUAUUAGGUCUUCUAGCUGAACCUCUUAUUGAUAGUGUUCGCAAUUUAUCCAAAACUGCAAGCGUCUCUUCGUUCCAUAUUGCCUUCAUUUUCGUCCCAUUGGCUACAAAUGCUCGGAUAACAAUAUCUCUGAUCACUGAAGCCCGCCGAAAGAAACCAAAGCUUUCUUCCUUGACAUUUUCUGAGAUAUAUGGUACUGUGUUCAUGAACAACAUUUUGGGCUUGGCAGUUCUUCUUUCCCUCAUCUAUUUUCGUGGUCUAACAUGGAAUUUCUCUGCCGAGGUUUUGAUGGUUCUGGUUGUUUCUGUUAUUAUGGGAUGCCUUGCCAGUUUUAGGAAAGUUUUCCCUGUUUGGACAUCAUUCUUGGCUUAUUUGUUGUACCCAAUGUCCUUGGUCCUGGUCUAUGUUCUUGGUCAUUUUAAGUAGUUGUCCUAGAGCUUGGAGCAGAUUUUACAGGUUCAUAUUUGUAAUAAUGAGUAAUUUAAUAUUCUUUGAUUUUUUGUUCAAUGUAAAUAAUGUGAAAAGUUGGUUAAUUUAUUAUGAGAUAAAUUUUAUUCAAA